ACUGCUCAUUCUGAUUCGGCUUCAGCCGAAACUCCAGACGACGACCCAACUCUUGGCUCCAGCCAAAACUCUCCCGACACCCAACUCUCAGCACCAGAACAGAACUACAGGACUGACUCCGGACUACUCUUUUCGGCCGAGUUUAACGGUGUCCGAGGGCCCUCAACAUGUGGAGGGAAGUCUUGCUGUGCCUCUGCGGCGUUACUGCAACUGUCAUCGCGUCUCCGGCUGCUCCGACGAGCCACCGCGCAAAGCGUGCCGUCCCCGCCUUCGUGGCGCAGGCGGCCGCGGAUGUGGGCGGGAAGGUGGUGGACGCGCUCGGGGAUAGGAUCGCGGAGGGAGUCGUGGAGAACCAUCAGGAGAAGGUCAUUGGAGCUCUGGAGGACUACUUCUCAGGGCAGUUCGACAAAGCCGACGAGGAGUUCGACAAAGUCUUGGAACGGGGCGGGAACCUCCUAGCGGGUGUCGGUAAUGAUGUGGAACAGGCCAGAGUACGAAUGAUCCACGGCAGAGGUACGAACACGGGAGACACGUACUCACCGGCUGGAUACGAACUGCGCAUGGACUUUGAGACGAACGAUGACGGUGACGAUGACGAGCUAGACAGUUCUGACGGGAUGUCACCAGCAGUCUACCCGAUGGGAGUUGGACCCUUGCUGAUGAACGGCUGCUUCCAAACCAACUAUGCAGAAGGAGACCCGUGUUAUGAGGCUUUCGUACCGAUAGAGGCGUGUGCUAACAUCAUCGAUGGAGCAACUUUCCUGGGUGUUGGGUUUGACGGCCGAGGUGAAUACUCCACCGACUCCAGGAAGAAGAGCCUCAUCCAGCGAGCCUGCGAGGGACUGCAGGGAUACAAAGAAUACCACGUGCCUGACACCAUGACAGUACAGGGGAUCUACAACACCGACGCGGAGACCUACACCUUCAGCGGCGUGGAGGAAUACAGGCAGUACCUGGAGGACAAGUCUGCCGUGACGUCUGCUACCGCCAUGUUCCAACAGGAGAUGAACAAGGCGUCCGGCCACGGGAGUGGUGGAUUCAUCUUCGGGCUGAUCGCGUCUGGAGGCGGCGGCAGCUCAUCACAGUCUGGCAGUGACUUCCAGGCGUCCGGUUUCCAAGCCAGCUCCCAAGCAAGCGCUCAACUUUCCGAGGCCUCCACUAGGACAUUCAUGGCUAUGGUAGAGCUCAACGUGUUCAGGUACGAAAUUUUCCUGGACUUCGUUGGUCCUGAAAACUUGAACCUAGCGUUCCUGCGUGACUUCCUGGCUCUACCGGGAACGUAUUUUGCCAUAGGAGCAGACAGGGAGUUCCAAAAGUUCAUUCUGCGAUGGGGCACUCAUUACAUCACGUCUGCAAAGUUUGGCGGGCAACUCAAGAUCAUCAAGACCAAGGAAGCAAGUUCUCAAGACUCGCAGCAGACUUUUGCGACGGCUGCUCAGUCCGACUUCAAGAAACUCUUCAGCACCUACUCCGCCCAGCAGACCCAGACCAAGUCCAGCAGCUGGUGGCAUGAACACGAGACGAAGAGAGAAUCAGCCACUUCGACCGGCACAGCAUCCAGUGGAACAGCAGAGUCGGAAAGUGCCUAUGAGUCAUCUGCUGCAUCUGAAUACGAGUUCAGCAAUGAAGUCCUGGAGGUGCAGGGAGGAGACCAGAAGAUUGCCGCCGCCAUCACCGAGUUCUACACAACAUCCUUCGGAAACUCCCUGAAAGACUGGCUGGAAUCUAUUGAAGAGUACCCCAAAGCCUUCGAGUUCCGGAUGCUUACAGUCACCGACCUGCUGGACAUGAACUACGACUCCCUUUUCCCCCAUGGAGUUGUGGACUACGGCUGCUUUGGGAGGAAAACCCUGACUGAAGACGGCACAGGUCGCAGGUAUUACGUUGAAGACAUGGCCGACGGUAACACCACCAGAUCCGAAAUCCGCUACUGCAACUUUAAUGAGAAAAGGGAUAUCGAAGAGGCCCUUACCGAGAGACGACUGGCACUGAAGCGGGCCAUAGCUGUGUACUUGGAGGAGGGACCUUUCCUUUCCUCCGACUUCCAAAUCCUAGCCGGAGCUCCCGGAUGUGAGACCGCAGAGUUGGCCCUUCUCGACGAGUCCACAGUCGGAGCGCCCAGCUGGCAAGAGAUGAUCAGCGGAGGCGAGUUCAAAGUCAUUUUCAGCAUGCCGCACAGCAUUCCACAUUUCCUGGAUGCCAGGGCUACUGUCAACGUCAAGUUUAGGUCUACGUCGGACAACUGGCUGACCAUCAGGGAAGGAAGCACCCCAAAUCUAUACGACGGACACCGAAAUGGCAACAGUGGUGACGUCAGUCGGCACAAGGUUAGUGUCGGGGGUCUAGUCAUGACGUACAACGAGAACAACGGCAUCUUUACUAUGACAGAAGAGGACUUUGAGGCAUCAUCAGCGGUAAUCCUGAACCUGCCUGCCUCGAUCAACGGCAUGGAGAUAGCCAGGGCCGAGUACAAGUCACUGCUGGAACAGCUCAGCCACCACCAAAGUUCUACAAGAGGACAGAUGCCGUGUAACCUGCAGUGGUCGAACUCCCACCGCAUCGACCCCACCGAUGGAGGAAAGUGCAUCCACUUCACGGCAGCCUCUGAAGGGGACAUCUACCUGGUGUUUGCCGGCGUCCCCAAAGACCACCAGACCUGGGUUACUGUAGAAAUCUCUACCUCCGGCGUGGCUAUGUAUAAGGCGAUGCGGUUGGCGGUUACACAACUUGACAAGGGAGCCAAAGGCCUUGGAUCAAAUACACUGUACCAGUCCUACUUUGUCUGCGUAACGGAGGACGUAACAGAAUCCCUAACAACGGUUCAGUUUGGAAAGACGCCGGACAACGAGGAUCGCGGUCACGUCUGGCUGGACUACCAGUUCCCCAGUGUCCUGUCUCUUCAUUACUACGCGUUCGGUAGCGGCGAGCACCCCGUGAAGCUGAUGGGAGUGAAUCAGAUAUUCAAACCCGGGGACCUCAACGUCGUCUGCCGCGAGGGAACAGUCAGAGAAGGCGACAGAUGUGUACAAGUCUGUCAUGCUGAAUGUAACGGCUGCAGGACUACAGGAUCUGACGACCCACGUGACUGCAUCGCGUGCCAGAAUGCCAGACUCGCCUUCCCGUACCUGGCUGGCUCCAUCGGUGAUUUCGAGUGUGUAGCAACCUGUCCGGGAAAUAUGGCCAUGGCCACUGGAACAAUCAACUGCGAAUGUAUAAAGAGGAUGGAGGAUAUCCCUGAUGACGGCGUGGUGACGUGUGUAGCUGACUGUCCUCUCACCCACUAUGACGACAACGGCGUGUGCAGGAGGUGCAGCAGCCUGUGCUCUGACGUCAGUGCGGAGGGCAGGGCUGUGUGUACGGGACCAGCCGUGCACCAGUGUACCGUGUGUGCCUACACGGCAGCUGACGGCACAUGCGCAAAUGGAUGUAGCCCUGGAGAGAGGGCCGUUUCUAGUGGCGGCGCGUUCACCUGCAGGCUUUGCCAGUCUGGCUACAAGUGUGUCAACGGUGAUGAGGUGGAAGAGAUGUGCCCGGCUGGGACCCACAGCACAACGGACAGGACGGCGUGCGAUCCGUGCGCCAUAGGAGAGUACAGCAAUGCUGGCUCCUCCGCCUGUCAGCCGUGCCCGGCAGGAACGAUCGGGACACAGAGUUCAGCAUCCAGUUGCAAUCAAUGCCCAGCAGGACAGUACAGUCCCUCCACAGGGUCCACAAGCUGCCAAACCUGUACGGCAGGACAGUUCAGUAGGGCUGGCUCCUCCUCCUGUCAGCCGUGCUCGGCAGGGACCUUCAACACAGCGGAUGGAUCAUCCAGUUGCGACCCCUGCCCUGCUGGCACAUCUAGUAGUGCGGGCGCAACUAGCUGCACGGCGCAAAGUGCCGAGGUCCGACUGGUGGGUGGAAGUUCGUCCAGCGAGGGCAGGGUUGAAGUGUACCAUGGCGGACAGUGGGGGACGGUGUGUGACGACGCUUUUGACAUGAACGACGCCAACGUCAUCUGUCGUCAGCUGGGAUACGGAGGCGCUCUCGAGGCCCGAUCACAGGCAGCGUUUGGGGCGGGGUCAGGUCAGAUCUGGUUGGACGACCUGGCCUGUGGGGGGUCUGAGACAAGCAUCGAAGACUGCAGCCAUAGAGGAUGGGGCUCACAUAACUGUGGUCACAGUGAGGACGCUGGCGUGGUCUGCUUGAGCGGCAUCCGACUGGUGGGUGGAAGUUCAUCCAGCGAGGGCAGGGUUGAAGUGAACCAUGACGGACAGUGGGGGACGGUGUGUGACGACGCUUUUGACAUGAACGACGCCAACGUCAUCUGUCGUCAGCUGGGAUACGGAGGCGCUCUCGAGGCCCGAUCACAGGCAGCGUUUGGGGCGGGGUCAGGUCAGAUCUGGUUGGACGACCUGGCCUGUGGGGGGUCUGAGACAAGCAUCGAAGACUGCAGCCAUAGAGGAUGGGGGUCACAUAACUGUGGUCACAGUGAGGACGCUGGCGUGGUCUGCUCGAGCGGAGCCGGUACCGGACUGCCGAGUGUUCCCGGCUACACGGUCCGACCGGGAGACUGUCCGGGGAACGACAUCUGGUCCAUCCACACCACCGGGACCACUCUCUCAGACUGUGCCAGCCGGUGCAGCGGCAGCUCCCAGUGUGUGUCCUUCCUGUUCUCCAACGGAGCCUGCUAUCCGAAAACUGCCACCUGCGGUACAACCACUUCACGUGACAACCCCAACAACCAUUUCUACGACAGGCAGUGAACACAGUGGCGGCUCUGCGGCCGGCCAGACGACCACCCCUCCCCCUGGUUGAUGCUCAUCGAAACCACGGGGACCCCGCGCACGAGUCGUCGGCUACUUUCGAAAUUCAUUCAUGUUUUAUAGUUUGUUCCAUUUCCAGGUUGCUAGUUCUCGGGCUGUUUAUCCCAAACAUGUUUAACGCACUCAUCAAGCUAACUACAGACGUCACUAUCUGCAAACACAAACACUCAUCACAGCAGUCGUUACUUAGAAGUGGAACAGAUAUGAAAUAUGACAUAAUUGAUAAAUGAUAUAUGGAUUAAUAAGCCUUUUGAAUUUAAUACUCCAUUUCUUCUGUCGUCGUCCGCACUAUAUCAUUUUAGGCAAUCAUUUUGAUUUACUACCGUACCAUACAAUUUUGUUUGCAAAAGUAAUAAUAAAUGGCAUUAAAUGAUAGUAAAGGAAAUCAUCAAAAAACACUAAAAGAAAACUUGCUCGAAGAUUAGAUACAUAGCCUGCAGAGUGCAAUCCUCCAGAUGGCUUGCUAACGACCUAACUCAGCCCUACAUCAAUACUAGGUAUAUUUAGAAAACAGCUAUGAAAGAACACAAUUUUACACUUUUGUUGAGUGAAAAAAGACAAAGUUUUCCAAUCAGAGAUCUGCACGAUAUUCGGGAUCGUAAUUUGUCCACAAGCUAGAUAGUUAUAAACAACGGUCUUUCAAUAAUAAUUAUAAGAUAUCCCAAUUGACCCUUUUGUGGCCUCCCAUGUCUUCAAUGAUCUCACAAUCGUCCUUCAAUACACAACGACACAGACUGUGACCGGAAGAAAUUGGGCAUUGAUUUCAGAGGGCUUUACGGCAACUGCAACACAAUGUUGGGCACUAAAAUGUUUGGUGGGGGCGGUAGCGCCAAUCCGGCAAGCAAAAUAACUAAAGCACUGUUAGCAAUAUGGAAUUGCAGAACAUGAACAAUCAUGAACUUGAUAAAUUUGCCAGCCAAAAAAAAAGCUGUUAGGGAGCACAAAAUGAAAUAGUUUCUUCUAUUGGUCAAGUACUUGUGACAUGACAAAAAUCAUAACUACCCAUCUAUAGCUGCGUGAAUUGCAACGAUAACCGUUGCAAACACACAGACGAAAGCAAAAACAUAUUAGCCUUCUCGGCGAAGGUAAAUGUGAAUAAAAAAUACAAUGACGUACAGGCGGCCCAGCAUUGUGCUUAAGCUUAAACAUUCUUAUUCUGUCUUAUGAAACUGUUACACGACCUUUGUCGAUGAUAUCAUUUUAUUAUUCAUUACGUAACUAUCAUAACAUUCCAAUAAAGAUACCUAGUCGGCGGCACGGUUACUCCAUGACGACAAUUGUCCGACAGCCCGUCACCGUGUUGCCCAUUCGUAGCUCUCAGGCAUACCUGCUUUUCAACCAUGCCUACCCAUCGUGACGUCACACCUGUCAGCUAAUCAAUCACGUCAUCGUAGCCAUCAUGACAUCAUAGCUAGUUACAGCCAUCACCAUCUUGACGUUAGAGCUAGCAUCUAAGCAGCAACAAUAUGUGUAGUUUAAUGGUUGAGAAGCUUGUAGUUUACACCUGAUAAGGAUUACGGAAUAUUUCAAAUAUUGUUAUCUUACGUUUUAGGCUGAAAAGUUGAUAAGAAUUAAGGAAUAUAUUAAAAUGUAGUUAUGAUUUAAUCAAAUUAUAUGAUUCACUUGAUAAGGAUAACGGAAUAUUCAAGAUACUUACUUUCAAUAUUUAUCAUUUUUAGCUUCAUGUUAGUUAAUUGAUAUAUUUUCGUUGAAGCUCAUGUACACCGAAAACCUAUAGCAAUAUCAUCAACCAAUAGCAAUUUGUUUCAGUUAAUAUGCCCAUAAAACAACCCAUUGCCAUCUUUAUAGGUUAAGUGAUCGCCCCGAAAAUCACUAAAAACAGCACAUUUAUCUUGUAUAAUGCAUAAUAUACAUAUUAUAUACUAGUCCCAAAAUUAGCAAAUUAGUAAGACUACAUAUUGUAUUGUGGAGUAUAAGCAAACCUUUCGACUGAUGAAUUCAUUGACGUAUGUUUGUGACAACUGGGCCAAAACGAUGCCAAUAUAAAGUUAGUUAUUGAUUAACUGCAUUUUAUCCAAGUGGCACAGUUUAUUGUCUGUUGCCUUUCAGAAGUACAUUUUAGAAAUUGUCUCUUUCAUGAAUAAAUUUGCAGUUGCCGAUCCAAA